AUGGGCGUCGAGGACGAUGCCUUGAAGACGCCCAAGCAGCACGACUUUGCUCCCCAGCCUGUUUACCCUCUGCCGCACACGGACGACAUUAACCGCGAUGAAAUUGUAAAUGAUUCUGAGGCCGCUAGCGAUACCACUGCCACCAACACAUCUGACGAAUUUGACUGGGACGAAAACGAGGAGGCUGUCGAGAAGAACCAGACUGAGGUUCGCGCUAGAAGAGGGAGGGCGAUAUAUGUUGCUUUUAUGAAGCUUGCCAGGCCUGUUCGGGCCUUGUUAAUUGGUAUACUGGGGGCUGGAAUAUUGAUCACUCCCCUGUUGGUGGUGCACUUCCGGUUUAGAAGCAGUCCUGCAAGGAUUCAUGUCCACGUCUGGUCCCUGUGGUUGACCAUCAUCUGGGCGGCUGGAUGUGCUACAUAUCUGGUCGUGGAUUUACUUCCCCGACUAAUAAUUGCCCUCGUCGUCAUGCUUGGAGGCAAGGUGGAGCGCCUCAAAAUUCAAGUUGAGUUGGCUGUCGCCGUCUCAGGCUGGCUCAAGCUAGCGCUAGACAUAUCCUGGGCAUGGAUCAGUCUAUCAGUCAUUCGCAGAAUCUAUCACCCUCCCUGGUUCUUAUUGGACUAUUGGAUCAUCUUCCUCGUCGAAAAACUCGCCCUCCAUUUUGUUGCCAUCAACUUCCAUCAGAAGGCCCUCGCCGAUAGGCUGACCGAGAAUCAGUUUGCUUUACGAGCUCUCGAUAGAUUGUCUAAUUCUCAACCCUGGGCAUGGAACAAGAAGGGUCCCAACGUCAAGAAAGGACAUAAGAGUCCUGCGAGCUCUGUUGAUCUCAAUACUUUGGCACAGGAGUCAGAGAAGACUCGGCCAAAGAAUUUCAAAGGCCGCAACAGAAGGAGAAAAAACAAGGCUAUGGCGAGCGUCUUCGUGGAUCAAGUCAGUGGGGUCAUCGGACAGGUGGCGUUGAAGGAUUCCAAGUUUAACCGGUCAGGCGAACUUGGGAAUUUGCAUUCUGCGCGUAAAUUAGCCAAGAAGCUUUUCAGCGCUCUCAGCGACUCCUACCCUCCAAGGGAGCAUCUCAUCGUAGAUGAUUUCUUCCCGUAUUUCCGUUCCACUUUGGAAGCUCAACAAGCUUUCGAUAUCUUCGACAAGGACGGAAAUGGUGAUAUAAGCAAGAAGGAAAUGCGAGAAGCUGUUCAACGUAUCUACAAGGAAAGGAAGGCAUUGGUAGCGAGUUUGAAGGAUGCCGGAUCUGCGGUGUCCAAACUCGAUGCUGUGCUUCUUGCUGUGGCACUCGUCUGCAUCAUCUUUAUCUGUCUACUUAUAUUCAACAAAAGUGAUACUCUAUCAUCGCUUGUACCCCUAGGAACUAUUAUCCUGGGCUUCUCGUUCGUUUUCGGCAACUCUGCCUCGACUUUGUUCGAAUCGCUCAUUUUCAUCUUUGCCACGCACGUCUUCGAUGUUGGCGAUCUCGUUCUCAUAGACGAACAGCCUCUUUUCGUACGUGAAUUCGGCCUCUUCUCGACCACGUUCCGCCGUGUAGAUGGUCAGGAAAUCGUCGCACCAAAUAAACUCCUGGCGAGUUCAAAGUUGGUGCACAACCUGAGGCGUAGUAACUCCAUGUGGGAAACAACGACCUUGAUGGUCUCAUAUAACACGCCUUUAGAGACUAUCGAAGCACUGAAAGCGAAACUCAAGGCCUUUGUAAACACCAACUCCCGCGACUGGUCUGGGUUUGACCUCAACAUCGACAAGAUGGUGAAUCAGAACGCGAUCCACCUUAUCGUGGCCAUGGAACGUACGACUGGGGAGGGAAGAUGGGCUAGGCGGACAGCGUUUAUGAGGAACCUGAAGACUAUUUUGGAGGAACUGGAUGUGGGGUACGCGAUGCCUUUGCAGCCGGUGUUGUUGCCCAAGGGUCCAGUCCCUGGGGGUGUGACGAAUAGUCCGCCGUUAGGUUUUAGUUUGGCGGGGGCUGCGAAUGCGAGGACAUCAUCUCCUGGUUGA